AUGGCGAUGAAACAGGCUGACUGGUAUGGGAAAUUAGAUAAUAAAGUUGAAUUGCCUAUACAAAUUGGUGGUAAAUCAAUAGGAACUGACAGUAGAGGAUAUAGAAGUGGUGGAGUGUUUUACAAGGCUACCCCCGAGGAGUUAAAAGCGAGGAAGGAGGGAGUUAAGGUAGAAAAUGAUACCACUUUGUUAGCCGAAUUCGCACAAGGCAUGCAACAAGAAUUAGCCAAAGAGAUAAUAAGUGCAAGAGGAAAUGAGAAUACAGAAAAUAACAAUCAAGAUAAAUCAACAAUUGCUCCGUGA